CUAUUGUUUAUAAUGAAAUAAAAACAAACGUCAUCUUAUGAUACACCAAACAUCUCGCAUAAUGCAUAACACGGUUUCACUUCUGGAGCGAGCGAUCCCACAUGAUCCCGUACAAUGAUUCACUUCAUGAAAUGCGUGGACUUCCUUUUGCGCUCGAGUGUAACUCUUACAAUAAAAACCAGCCACUUCUCGUGUUGACUAUCGGGGGAGUUUAUUCAAGCUUGGGAGUGGCCAACGGCGGGAUUGACGAACGGACGAAUUUUACAUGAUUUAAAACUGUUCGAUACGAAUUUUCCCCGUUAAACAUAAAAUUCGAGUUCCUACCUGUACAUCUUUAUAAGUAGCGUCGGAUUGUGUUACGUGUUGGUUUAGACAAUAUACACCGAGUUCCUGUACUAUGAAUCUGUUAUCGAUGAUGUUACGGUGGAACUUGGACGCCGUACUGGUGUGGAUAUACUUGAGUAUACCUGUUUCUCUUUCCUCGGAGUCACCUAUUAAUAAAGUCUUUCAUAAUCCAAAUUCGCCGUACGAUUUCACGCACCUGUGUGCAUAUGACUCCGACGAAAUAAUCAUAGGAGGAACCAAUUAUAUUCAUCGGGUAUUUGCAGGAAACUUAAGUCUCCAAACUUCACAGAAAAUUGGACCGAAAUUGGACAAUCCAAACUGCUUUUAUUCGGAAGAUUCUACUUGUAAGAAGAAAAUGUACAAUAGCUAUGUUAAAGUUCUUCUUGUAAAUAAACGAGAGCAACCUAACCAAGACGAGCUUAUAAUCUGUACAAGUUUAUAUCAAGGAACUUGUGAGAAGCGUAAUCUGUCCAGCCUGGAAUUGCUGCCCAGCUCAGGUCCUAAAGAAAAACCAAGAAGACCUAUAGUUGCCAAUAAUAAAACAGCCACUACUAUCGCAUUUUUGGCCCCCGGCCCUAGCAGUGAUGGGUCAUCUCAGUCCACUGCUCUGUAUGUUGGGGCCUCCUGGACUAACACCGGACUAAGGGCCAUUAGAAGUCUACUACCCGCCUUCAGUAGCAGGAACAUACUCGACUUUGAUUUCACAUAUAACGAUCUACUGACCAGUUCUUCUACAAUGACGGAUGAGGUUGUCCGAGAUUCAUUCCCUAUUCGAUACGUGUAUGGAUUUGCAUCUAGAAAUUUCAGCUACCUAGCUACAAUUCAAAAGUCUAGCGUUCAAACAAAUGACUAUGUGUCGAAGCUGAUACGAGUGUGUCAAUUUGAUAGGAGAUUUUAUUCAUAUGCCGAGGCAUCUUUAAGGUGCGAGGACAACGGGAAAUUGUACAAUUUGUUACAAACAGCAUAUCUGAGUAAACCUGGUAGUUACCUGGCAAGGGCCCUAGGAAUACCUAAAGACGAGGACGUCCUAUUUGGAAUGUUCGGGUUCGGAAAUCCAGAUAAACCGGUAACAAAGGACAGGAGAUCUGUCAUGUGCAUCUUUCCAAGCAGACUCAUAAGACGGGUGUUUUCCCGUAAUAUUAGAAAAUGUUUCGAUGGUAAUGGAAAAACUGGACCAGAUCAUAUAGUUUCUCCGAGAAACUGCAAACGUUCAACAAUUGAAAUUGGUGAUGAUUAUUGCGGGAAAUACGAAUUUAACACUCCUAUUGAUGGUCCAGAGCCUGUCGUCUCUAGCACGAGCUACGCCAUCGAUACUGCUGCUUCUUCGCUCAUAGUAACUACAACACAUAGCGGUCACACUGUAGCAUUCGUCGGUACAACAAAUGGCGUCGUGAUAAAGGUAAAGAUUGAAGCACCAGGGAUCGCAGAGGAAUACAGCGAGGUCACCUUAGAUGCUGGGAUGCCCAUUACAAGAUACACAUUUACUGAUUACGAUCGCCAACAUCUGUACGUUCUCACUCCUAGAAAGCUUAUCAAAAUGAAAGUGGAGACCUGCACACAAUAUGUUGUCUGCGAUAACUGUAUACGCGAUCCAUACUGCACAUGGGACACUCAAAAAAUAAAGUGUAUGUCAUCGGACAAUGUCUCCUCAACCGAUGCAUUGGUUGGAACUUGUCCAUCAAUAUCAUCUUUAAACAAAACUGGAACGAACAACAUACCUACACUCUUAAUCAUUUCUGUGGCCAACCUACAACAAUUACGCGAAGGUCAAUACGCAUGCUCGUAUAACGGGUAUGGAGAAAAAAUGACGACAACAGCCGAGAGGAUCGAGGACAAUCAGAUACAGUGCAGCAUACCAUGGGAGGAGUUACCGCCCUUUCCGUUACAUAGAGGCUGUAUCAGGAUGAAAUUGUCUGUGCUAUUAGAUGGAACACCGAUAGCUUUCGAACAAAUCGAUUUCUUUGAAUGUGAAGUAACAAACACAUCCUGUUCAACGAAAAAUUGUACUGUUGAUGGCUUUUGGAGUUCUUUUGGGCCCUUUAGCGAAUGGAGUACUUGCAGUCAAACUUGUGGAGGUGGACAACAGAACCGAACACAAUAUCGAACAUGUACCGACCCGCCAAAAUCAGAGGGAGGCAAUGUUUGUGAAGGCCCAGAACAUAACACAGAGACUCGACAGUGUAAUGAACAAGACUGUCCUGUGUACGGUGCCUGGACAGAAUUUCAAGGUGUCCAGAACUGGAGUCAGUGUAGCGUAUCAUGUGGCGAAGGGAACAAAGUCGUAUAAAACUGCGGACCUGCAUCUCAUCUGUCGUCAUAAUAGAAACAGAGGUCUGUAAUGGGUCAGCAUUUGAACAAGAAAUUCGCGCCUGCAUCCCAGGAGAAUGUCCAUCAGCCACUAGUGUGCAUAAACUGCAACAGAUAUGAGAGAAUGUGGCGAUUGUAAGCUUAGCCAUAACUGCCAGUGUAGUUUUAAUAAUUCUGAGCAGCACAGUCUGCGUUUGUUAUCGUCGACAAAUGAAAUCAAGGAAAGUCUUAUCUUCACAUCAAACGACCCGUGAAGAGGAAACAGAACCAAUGCAUUCACAUUACAACUACAUCACUGCAGUUCUAGAACAUUCUGAUACUAUGAAUUCAGUGUACGAAGAGAUUGUAGAUUUGAAUGAAGGUUACUUCUUAAGCCCCAAUGAUACUGGCGAUUUCACAAAUCUGGAAAGCGAGAGAGAAACAAAUGAAACGUCUCUUACAGAACAUCAGUAUAGUGAAUUGGGGAAAACUUCACGGGAGUGCCCGUACGAUGUUCUAAAACGCUCCAUUUCCUCUGAAACCAUUACCAACGUUGCGAGGUAGCAAACAAGUCGCACAUCUCAGAGUUUAACAAUCAUUACAAGAGAUUUGUAUGUUUAUAAUACCUUGUUCUCUUGCUUUCCUCAAAAGAAAGGUGAAGAUAACGAACAGUGAUCAUCUCCGAGUUUAACAAUCAUUACAUGUGUUAUAAUACCAUGUUCUCCUGCUUUCACCAAUAACAGAAAGGUGAAGAUAACGAACAGUGAUCAAUCACUACAAGAGAUGUUGAUGUUAAAUACUACCUUGUUCACAAUCACUACAAGAGAUUCUAUGGUCGUUAUAACGAUCUAGUUCGUCAAUACAACCUCGCAUUGGGUCAAAUGCUGUCUGACGUGUUUCAUACCGAUUGUUAAGCCGUUCUUAACACACUGAUUUUGACUGCGGAUAACUCCGUUUACCUGAUCAGGAUAUGGGGCUCACGGCGGGUGUGACCGGUCAACAGGGGAUGCUUACUCCUCCUAGGCACCUGAUCCCACCUCUGUGUGUCCAGGGGUCCGUGUUUGCCCAACUAUCUAUUUUGCAUUGCUUGUAGGAGUUAUGAGAUUGAUCACUGUUCGUUAUCUUCACCUUGCAUAAAAGGACAAUCAAAUAUAUUUCCAUUUUGAUUUGUAUGGCCGAAUCGAAGGUUUUGAAUGAAUAUCUCCACUUCUAAGAUUGCCAUUUUUACAUCGGAGGAUUUUGAAUUGCCAUUUAUCGAUGUUUAUGACUCAUUUGUAUUUUGUUUUAUUUUUUCUCAUAAAAUUUAAUCUAAAGUA